AUGACAUCCAUCCACAAGAACGCAAAGAACGUCACCUUCGCCACCACCAACAAUGGAUCCUCCAUGGACAACAACAACAAGACCAAAGCUCCCACCAACAAUGUUGCCUCGGCUAUUGAAAUGUUCGGGGGUAAAGGCAAGAAGAGUCUCAUUCAACAGCAAAAGGACAAGUUGGAAGAGAAAUGGGCUGAGGAACGGGCCAUCAAGAUGGUCAAGAAGAACAAGUGGAAGGUUGGUGGCUCUGGCUCUGGCAGUGGCGUCUACAAGAAGCGUGUUGUUUUGGACUUCCAAAACAAGAACGACAAGCAAAAGGUUGAUGGCGCCGAUACCAAGAAACGCUUCGAGUUGGCAUAA